CAUCAGUCAGUACGGAGGAUCAAGCGCUUAUUACCACUACAAUGAUCAGCCCUUUAGACGGGCUCACUCUCCCCGACGCGGCCAUCUGCAACACCACACUGGGCACAGAUCCAGACCCUUACGCAGUAGCCAUGUGUCGAUUAGCUCUCCGGAUCGCUGGCGAGCCGGAAGGACGUGAGGCUCAGCUCUUUGCCCAGGCCCAAACAGACAUCGCCAACAAGAAUUAUUCGAGCCAGGAUAUACCAUUGUUCACGCCUGACAGACAGAUCAAAACCUUUCAUCCUAGAAGCAACGGCAUGCUUGCAUUCCGUGAUGCUGUCUUGGCGGCGCUUUACUUCUAGCAAGAUUCAUAUGAUCUCAAGACGAAGGAGCAGGAACUGGUUGAACGGUUGAAUGGUAUGUAUGAAUCUAUCUAGGUUCCCA